AUGCAACGUGAGAGGCAAAGACCUGGUGUAAGUUUUGCUUUGUUGCCAUGUUUCUUUCGUGUCUUGGGGAAAAGCGUGCGACCUUAACUCACUUAUCAUCGGCAAAUUGUCGUUAUGAAAUUCAUUCAUUAGAUUCUAAGACGAGAACGACUACGAGUACGAGAUAUUCUCAAUAGUAAGUAGUACUCGCGCGUGAGGAACGUCAUUUUGGCAGGAAAACGUGGUAGCCGUCGUUAUUCUACCACGAGUUUUAGCGAGAGUGUCGUAGUCGGGCGGGAACAAGUUAUCAAAUGUUAGAACUUUAGCAUUUUGCAAUCUGGAGAGGUCCUAACCUCCUUCAAUAACGAUAACAGUGCUAAAUUUUCUGGUGAAAAAAAGUAGAAUGAAGAAUUCCGGGGUGUCUAUUUUUUGCCAAUGCGCGAAAAAAAAUUUAAAUCAAAUCUCGUACUCGUAGUCGUUCCCGUCCUCGAAUCUAAAGGUGUCUAUUCAUUUACUCAGAAGUUUAAAAACGCAUGACUCAAAUGUACCACUAGCCUGCGCUUCAGGCGCUUGCAAGUGAUAUGGGAGUGUAUUUCCGUCGCGCUCCCCGCUUUCUCUCUCUCGCACCCUUAACUUCCAACAUCUGCUACGCAGUAGUGUUCGACGCUUGGGGAGAGCUUAUUUAGGCGAGUAUUGUGACAAAACACAUCAUACUAAUACAUGAAAGUAAUACAAACAGAAUUCUUGUCAGUAAAAGGAGAAAUAAAAAGAAAGAAAGAAAAAGUAGAAGAAGGAGAAGGAGAAGAAAAGGAAACCCAUUUUUAAGAAAUUAUAGCAAGCAAAAUCACAAGAAGAAUUUGCAAAGAAAAACCGGAGAAUUUUAACUAGCCAGCGACAGUCUGUUAAGACUCACUUAUGUACUUCAUGUAUUAAAAUGUACAUUACAGUUACAGAACCAGGUGAAACUUGCGAAAUCUCUAUCUGGGGGGUUUAAUUUGCAUGAAUCAGUCAUUCAUUUUAUAGACAGAAUAUUUUUUUUAGGAAAGUGCAGUUCCCUCUUCGAUGUUGUCAAGGCCACACCCAGCGAAACAAUCAAGUAAGUUUCUACAAGGCAAAAGACAGACUGCCUCAGCAUUAUUAAACAGGAAAAGGACGGAAAUCAAACCUCCUUAACCAGGCACUGUUAUUGUCACUCAGUGUACUGGUUACAAAUUAUACCAGGCAAUUGGACAUGAAUUACAAACUUAAAUAUCUAAGGAUCUGUGUGAUCGAUGAACAACUAACUGGUGUUUGAACAAUACGUCUGACUAUAAAAUAAAACUUGUCAGACAAUUGAGAGGAGAAGUUCGUUACGCCACGUUGCCAUUAUAGAAAAAUUUCUGGAUCUCAACAAGCCGUAGUCCUGCAAAUCUGGCAGCCAUGUCGAUCAAUGCGCUCACAUCUUUCUUCGCUGAUCAGCCGAAAUCGAUUAAUGGAGCCGGGGAGAUCAGUACAAGUCUAAAUAUGUUGAUGCCACUUAAUCGUAGUCAACAGUCACCUUUACCGUACAAACGACUUAUUAACGGACUCAAACAAAACUAGCUGCGAGAGAACGAUUGGCCAACUGACAAUUUGACUAAACAAUACACAACUGUUAAACUGUGACAAUAGACGGAUCGAUACGCACCAAUGAUAUUGAGAGUCUUCAUAGCCAAUAACAUCAGGGCUUAACUGACAGACGACCAAUAACUUAAUUGACCAAUCAGGUCAACAACCAGAGUUUAAUACCUUCAACUGACGUGAUCAGCAACUCACUUUGCCCUGAAGAUGACUACCGCACAGGUUGUCGAAACGUCAGUCACUGUCAACAACGGUCCUAUUAAGGACUACGUACACCCGGACGAUCAUACUCAACCUAUUUAUGAAACGACUCCCGGGUUCAAACCUAUCACUAGUUUUAAAUAUUGUAAUAAGGAGUUUUUAAGAUGUCACUACGGCGACAGUAACGGCAUCGAGAAAGCCAAAAAAAGCACUAGGACAAGAUUAAAAAGCAACAGCUUGUACGAACAGCACAUUCUUUUGUACCUUUCUUUGCAGUCAUUGCACAACUACGAGGUGAAUUAAACAAAUAGACAACAAUUAUCCAUGGUCUGUACUCUUAUCGACUACAGAAAUGUCGUCAAAAUGUUCAAAACUCAAGUGUAACCACGAGUUGCAGGCGAGCGGUUUCACUGUGGUUUUACUGCAAAGUUUUGAACUUUUGACUCCAUUUCUAUUACAACAUUGACAGUUUUGACGGCCAUUUCCGUUGAAGUUUCCCCGACAAUCGCGCACGCGAGAAAGAGAAAAACAAAUUGUGUCACCAUCCAGGUAUUUUUAUGGUCCGUAUGGUCUGGUACAUAGAUUGUGACGAAUCGGCGCGCGAGGAAUCGUUCAGUUAAGGUAAAAUGCCUAAUUUCAUGUUUUAUCAACCAUGUGUACACACAACGACGGAUUUCUUUUUCUCUAUGCAAACUUGGAUAUUUUUCUUAAGAAUUCAAGCCUAGGAGAGUCUUCUUGUGGCAUUUGACCUGAAGUGAGGGAAUUGACAUAAUCGAUCUGAACUUUCGAAGAACACGAGGUCGCUUUUUAUCCUUUUAGAUAAUGCUUUAUCUUUUGUUGAGAUUCAAAAAUUUUGCCACCAUGGUAAAAUGACGUCACACUUUGCCGGAGGAUGUACGAUGGCGUGUGUUUUUAAGGCGAGAAAAAUCAAGAUUUUUUGAGCGAAGUCUAGUAGUCUCGAGAGGUGGAAGAAACUUAAAAAAGUAUUACACGGGUGGGGGUUCAUCCAUUUACCCCUUCAUAUACAGCCUGUACCAUUAAAACAGAAGGUAUCCCUAUCGUAUGCCUGUUAAUGAUACAGUUUUCACAUACCUACGUAAGAACACUGAAUUCAAAGGCCCUUUUAAGUACCUAAAAGACAAACUUCCAACCUUUUAUUUUACUUAACUCUUAAUAUCCCCACCCUAUUAUAAGCCGUUAUUAAGUUCUAAUGCUUGAGAACUCCCCGGAAAACGAUUGUUGCAGGCUAUGUGACUUUAACCCAUAAUACCGAAUAAUAAAGGUUACUUGAAACCAUCAGCCCAAUAAAUAGUCCUAAUAGACUGAUUGGAUUGCUAAGACUAAUUUUUGUGGUUCAAAGGGUAAAAUGUUUGACCUAUUUAUCGAUGUUCAGUUGUUCACGUCUGUCUCAUAUAUCAGAAACCCGGCCAUCUGAGAUGACAAAAGAUAAAGCUCAUUCAAGCAGCGCGUCGGAGGGUGGGAUCACAAACAUAGCUUACCUGGACCAAGGAGAAGAGAGAGAACAAAACGAGGAAGGUAAAGGCAAAGGCCAGGAAGGUUGGCAGAAGAAAUUUUUCAAUCACUUAGUUCAAAGUUAGAGAUUCGAUACAUUUGGGUUACCAUUUGACACCGAGGAUGUUCUGAUAUUAAGUUCAAUCUAAUGGAUAUUUAUCCGAUGUUUAGUUUAGAAAGGAAAUGAGUGUUUGUAAAUCAGAUGAAAAAUUCCUCUUGUUUGCAUCCUUAAUUCUUCUUCGUGUUACAUCUAACACCAUGAAGAAGUGAGUUUUUUUUUAAAGCGGAGCCUCCGUUGCUAUAGAAAUCGAAAAACUAUCGUCAGCGUACGCCUGUCCGUCCGUCGCCCGUCCGCCCCUACAGACUGGCAGGGAGGGACUAAGUAGACACGAAAUCCUCACCUCUUCCCCUAGAGAGUUUUUCGUCCCCUAUUUUUUCAAAAGGCUUUAGAAAUGAUUGGCUAAUCAGAAUCUUUCUACUGAGUAUAAUAAAUAGAUUUAGCCAGGGCUAAAAGCGAUGAAGCUCACGUUAGUAUACAAGCAUUUCUCAAAACAGAAACUGUUGUAAAGAUUUUUAGAAACAGUUCAGACAGACUACUCGCCUUACUUGAAUAAACCUGAACUGUUGUUGUUGUAUAUGUUUCAUGAUUGAAUUGUUAUUCACGCUUUUAUUCAUUAAUUGCCGUUAAAGACUUCUGCACUGUGCUACUGUUUUGCCCAUAAAUCAUUACGCGAAUACUGCUUAGCUUGAAUGAAGUUUGAUACCUUUGUGUACCCUUUCUAUCUUCGCCGAAAACAAGUAUCUUACGUGAGUAAAAGUUUUCCUUUCUUCUAAUGACAGACUCGUCGGCUUUUCCAGCCCGAGUUCGCCUUUUUGAAAAAGUUUGAAGUUGUUGUCACGUUUAUAAUUUGUAGUGUAUUAAGUCUGUUGCACCGCGCGACACCUGAACAAUUACCGCACAGUUUGUAUAGGUUAACGAAUUAUUAUAAUUAGUAGUUAAAGAAAAAGGUUAAAUACGUCCUAGGUCUGUCCCCCCCUUCCAAAAAAACCGCCGACAUGGUAAAAUUUUCUAUAAUCAGAUAUUGUGAGGUAUCAAUAUAAAGGCUAGACAGAACUGUUCGUCCAAGCCCGAUAAGAAACACAAAAUUAGCCUACGGGAACACAAAAGUCGGCCUGAUUUUUCUUUAAGGUCUUCCCGUAAGACAGAAAUACUAACCCCAGAAAACGUUACCUGUAAAUCGUCGCUACUGAAGAGACCUAUGACUUCGCAAAGCGGUGUGGUUGGGGUUUCAAUGAUGUAGUUUGGAAGAAUACUACUAUACUGCAAACGAACUUGAAACAUAGUGACUUUUUUGCUGUAAACAAACAACCUUUAUCUUGCUGGAAGAGUUUUUUCAUUUUCAGGUGUGUUUGCGAGUUCUUUUUUUUCAGUCACCCAAUCCCUCCCUUAAAAGGUGAACUGAUGCCAAAGGUUUCUUUUAAAAGUUAAGUAGGGAUUUGAAGAUUUUUUUAGUGGCUUAGAGUCAAUUAGUUUAAAUUUAAUUGCUUUAAUUACAAUUGUGAUGAAAUACUGUAUCGGAUGCUUGACAGGUGGUUUGAUAUUACUUAUCAAAGAAGGUGAUUUUAGAAGGAGAAAUUAAGGAUACAAAGAUAAGGAGUUUUUCGUCUGAUUUAACAUUGAUUUCCUUUGUAUUUUCUUUAUGAGUUUGAGAAUCCUUUAGUGACAACUCUUGAAUGUGCUAUAGUUAAAGUCUUCAAUUUUAAACAACAUGUGAACGUUAACGAUGUGCAGUCUAUACAUGUGGCACGAACAUUAUUUUGGAAUAAAAACGUUUUUUAUAACGUCAGCUUUCCAAGGAUAGAUACUUGAUUCUAUAUGGGAAAGGAAAUGAAUCAGAAUUCCGAAAAAGGACGCAACUGUCUUCAACGAACAGCAAAUUGGACAUAUUCUGUCUUAAACAGGGCUAGGAUUUGAAGGCUUUGGUGGCACACCCCUAGUCAAACUUUAUUGAAUACCCACCGACCUUCAUGGAAACCAUGCUCAACGAUAACAAAAUCACCAAGAAAUCGCAGUGAAAUGUCUACGGAAUCACAUGAGAAUUGCCUGAAACAUAUUCCGUGAAAGCAACCCUAGGGAGACAAAGAGUCUGUUAUCAGGGACACCCAACGUCAAUUUUCGAAAAAUAUCUGUUCGGAAGACGAUUGGAGAUCUAGAAUUUUCGGAACAUUUGUUGUAAAAUUCCUUACUUGCCUGCCUUUCCUAUGAUUUUAUUUUUACCGUGAAAAGGUCACCUAGAAUUUUCGGUAGCCUUUUUUCUGGCUGAAAUUUUCGAAAACGUAAGUUUUGAUCCCUAUAAUUUUCGGAUCACUAGACUUUCAGCUAGGGAAUCCGAACAGAUGAAAAAUUUUUAGGGGAUAAAAAUAUUCCUAUAUCUUCCGUUUAAAUACUAAAACACGUUUAACAAUGCUAUGUUUAAGUGGUUUUGAACUAUAGUCUCGUUGUGUGCCCCUGUGUUAUUAACUGUUGACUAACUCGAAGUCACCAAAGAUUAUCGCUUUACUGCGCUCCGUUCUUUUCCUUAUGUUUCUCAUUACCUUGGUACUGAAAUACUUACGAAUGGCCAAUGACUGUUUUCUUAACUAGUAAAAGAAAUUGAAUAAAAAUAUGAUUUAAGACAGAUAUGAUAGAUUACAGAAACUUAUAAUCAAAAGGUCACAAAUAAUAUUUUUCAUGAAAUUUUUUAGAAAUAUCAAACGGUGGUACUGGACUAGCAUUUUCUGGUGGUGGCAUCAGAUCAGCGGCCUUUUGCUCCGGAGUCCUGAGCAGUUUACUUAAGAGUGGAGUUGAAGUGGAUUAUUUAAGUUGCGUGUCAGGGGGUGGCUUCACAGGCGCAGCUUUCCUGGACUGGAAAUGUCACGAAGAAAAGAAAGUUAACAGGAGAGAAGGCCAGGGUAAGGGAGGCUGGCACGAGGAUUUCUUUAACCAAAUGAAAGACAGAUCAGGAUACAUCUGUGACUGGACUGGCAUAUGGAAAGGCCUCUGUGACACCUUAGUCUUCUUCCCCCUCAUGGCUCUAGUAUUGGUCGUCCUCCCAGUAAUUAAAUGGGGAAAGUAUGCAUUUCCAGUAGCGGUUAUGAUUGAUCUCUUCGGGAUUGGAAAUUUGAUGCGAAAGUCAGCUGACUGCAAUGCCGCCUUAGAGAGACAAAGAGAAAAUAAUGCGUCUGCAGUGCCCGACAAAGACCUCAUCGACCGUUGUCUUAGUGGAAAUCACAAACGUGAUAUAACUAUACUCUUUUGCUCUCUGUUUGCUGGUUUUGUUUUCCUUUAUGUCAUCAUCUCAAAACUUAAAAAAGAAUUUUUGAAGUAUCCUUGGUUAAAAAGCGUUCUGCUACUGUUUGAAUAUGCUGCCGCUUGUGUGUUAAUAUUCACGUUUAUCCCGUUCACAAUUUAUGAUUUUUUUGCGAAGAUCGCUUUGUGGCAACAGGUUUUGGUUGGAAUCAUUGCUGUGAUUGUCUGGGUUGCUAUUCCCUUCCUGCGUAAAAAGACCUCAUAUGUCCUGAUAGUCUAUGCUUAUUCUUUUGUUAUAUAUUGGAGGGUGUUUAGAGUUGGCGUGCCAGGUUUCUUUUUUAAACACGAGGAUCACGUGUCUCAUUGGCUACUGUUUUUCUCUGGAGUUGCCAUGAUGAUUUCUUUCUUCACGACAAAUUUGAAAGAGGAGCUUGUGCAUCGCUAUUUCAGGUAAGAAAAACUUAGGUCCCACAACUAGAGGAAGUACAACAAGGAUCUUUUAAGGGCCCGUCACGAUAAUGCAUAUGAGCGACGACUGUAAUUGAAUUCUCCGGUGGGUCGGAGGAACAGAAAAGUUAUACGCAAUGUUUAAUCACUAAAGCUAUAUAAAUCGUUAAUACAGCUUUUGCAGAACAGUUUUGAAGAGAUGGAAAAAAGCAUGUUUUGGAAAUUGUAUUAUCGGAUUCCCAUCGGAAUCUGGAGAAUUUGCGCUUGUGGAAUCCGAAAUCCUGGGCUUUGGAAUCCGGAAUCCGGAAUCCGGAAUCCCUAAAGAUUCGAGUCCACAAUUUAAGUUACACUGAUAAGGAUUCCGGAAUCCAGUACCUGGAAUCUGCAAUCCACAAGCGAGGAAUUCUGAAUCCAAGAUCGUACAUGGGCUAAAAAGUAAUUUGAUUUUUCAGAUGGAGGGUACAGAAAGCGUUUUUUCACAAGAACAAUAACACGAAGCCCCUGACCCUAGCAGACCUGGAAGGCAUGAAGCCCGAGUAUAUAUCCAACAUUGUUGUGAACCGUUGGAAGAACAACGAGAAAGAAAAAACGAACUAUACCCUGUUAACUAUGUCACCCUCGGGUAUAGAGCGUUUUGACCAGUGUGGAAAAGGACAGUUCGAAGGCAAACUGGAACCAAAAGAUAUCAUGUUGUCAGAGGCCAUGGCGACAUCUGCAGCAGCACUUUCCAAACACAUGGGAAAAUAUGAAGAAUCUGUUGAAGGAUUGACCCGUCUUCACACCAUUCUUGGACUUCACAUGGGUGCUACGAUGAUAAGUGAUGAAGGAUACCGAAAGAAGGUAGCAUACUGAACACAUUUUCGUGAUGAAUUUCUCUCGCCUGAAGGUGAUGUCACGUUGCACGGGACAAUUCUUUGCGACAUUGCUGCGAUAUUGCUUAUGAUGGUUACAACAUUGUUCCAACAUUACAAAGCUGUGUUGCGCUAGUAUAAAUCGUUGUUGCGAAUUGUCCCGAGUAACAUCACCUUAAAUCGAUUAAUUAUGGUUAUUUAAUAUUGUGCUACUGAUAACAACUGCAGUAUAACUCACUUUAGUGGUUGAUUUUGCCGUGCAAAUUAACUAUUGCUAUUACUUUAAUUUUUAUCCUUGCUUUCUUUGUCAUUGAACUACGCUUGUUUAAAAAUGGCAAAAGCAUGAAAUUUUCACGAUUUCUCCCCUCUAGUUCCUAUGAUAUAUUAUUUACAGUUUCUUUCAACACCUGUUCUGUUUCAGACGUCCGUAACACUGUAUAUAUAUUUCAAAUUUUCUCUGAACUUUCAUAAACGUACCUCGAUGAAGGAGAAAAGUGAAUACUAAAAAGAUAAAUAAACGAAUAAGUAAAAGUUCAGUCUGGAGGGAUUAAAAUGAAUUACCAGAUGAAAACUGCUCUCCUAACUAAAAAUUGAUAUAUCUACUCUAUAAAAUCACUAACUGCGUUCUUUAAAACGGGGGGCGAAUUGUUUCGGAGAUGGUCAUAAACGCAGAAUUUCACUUUCAUUAUCACCUCUACGAUCUUCAACAUAAUAACCUUCCUCGAACAAUAAUCUUCAACGCUGUCUUCACAUCGCAGAUAGAGACGUGAUUCCUUUAGCUUUACUGUGAUAUCACCCUUACUAUAAACUUUAUUUUAUCAAUACCGUCAUUAAUUAACCUCAUCACCUUUAUCACCCGAUCGUCAUCGUCUCAUUUCCAUAACUAUUCAUUUUGCAGAGGACGUUAUCGUUAUCUCGACCCAUUUUAAAUGCUUCUUUACCAUCCUCCUCUUAUAUCGUUCUUUUUAACUCAACAGUGCCCCCGACUGUUUGUGACGUUUAUUUUAGACUUUUUUCGUGGAUUUCUCUUGAUUAUUCCAACAAUUUGUUAUUGUCAUGGAAGCAAACGCUAUGAGCCAGCACUUUUGGGAUGCAUGAUAACUUUCCUGGUAAUACACGCUUUGCUGGCGUUUAUCGCAGUCCUUGAUUUAGCGUGUGAAGAAGCUGUCCCACAUUCAGAAGAGCAAAAACCAAAAGUUUGUGAUUGGUUUGUCAGGUGAGAGUAAUGUUAGGGUUGAUUUCCAGUGUCGCGUAAUUUUUACGUGCGUACGUGCGUAAAAUUUACGUUCGCAAAUAAAAUAGAAGCGAUUCAUAAAAGGUCGCUCGUGGCGUAAAAGUUGAAGUUGAAGUUUUCAGGCCCGUAGCCAGGAUUUUUUUACGGGUGGGGGCGAUUCUUCGAGGAGACGGAGCAAACAAAGCUCGAGGAGCAAGUAUCUAAGGGGAAAAUUGGGAUUGCAUUACAAACAUGGAUAUUUCUUAAUUUAUUGGAACUUCAAAUUGAUUUUUUUGGCUUUUUUUUGCAAAGAGACUACUUUCUUUUACAAUUUUUGAGAAUGGCAGAUGUCAAUGUCACUGUUUAGAAAGAAAAAAAAAAUAGGAAGAAAGUUGUAAAUCCGCACAAUUCGCUAGUUUGGCUGCUGAUCAUCAUGAUCUUUCAGUAGUGUCCCAAACUCAAACCUCCUUGGUUGCUUCUUAGGGGGGUCUGAAUUGGGGGGGGACCAAUUGUUGAUUGUCGGUAAAUCUCAAUUAAUAAGUAAAAAUGCAUGUUUAUCAUUAAUAUUUGCCAUAUACUUCACUCACUUUCAAGACUUUGAUCCCUAUUAAACGUGAAAAAUGUGUAAAAAUGCAUCAUUUGAUUGACCUUAUACUUCAUUAACUCUGGUUUGUUUUUGCACCACGAUGCAUUCUAUAAAGGGCGCUAUAACAUCUGUACCUGUUCGGUCAUCCUAGGGGAACUUGAGUCUUUUCGAAAUAGCAAAAAUAACUCGUUUAAGCUCAGCACUUUUUAUCUUACCUCUAUUUUAUUUACGUGAUUAAAAUUUACGUGCCUUGAUGUACGUAGCCAAAAACGCGUCAAUGGAAAUCGACCUUUACUGUAAAAGAUGACUUUUUGCUUCUAUUCGAUAUUCAACUUGGUACUAUAGUUUUCUUAGCUGUCGCGAGUUUUAGAUAGCUUUUCCUUCCUCAGAGUCAUAAUGACAAACACUGAUCAGUUGAGGAAUUGCCUUUGUAGGUUCUCAAUGUUAAUUUUCUUGGUCGUUCCAGGGAUUAUUAUGAUUAUUAGCAUUUAUUACCCCCAUUAUUAUUAUUAUUAUUAUUAUUAUUAUUAUUAUUUACCUCUCAAAAGAUCUUCCCCAUCAUUUUGAAAGACCUCCCAAAUUUCUCCUUCCCACGCAUACGAGAACAACAUCUACUGAUUAGACAAUAUUGAAGUUGACAAUAUUCUUUCUUUUCUCCCUUUAGUGUAUAGUGUGUGUGUUAUGUAUUUACUUAUUUUGUUGUUUUUUCCUUGCUUAUUUUUUACCUGUCACCGAGGUAUUAAAAAUAUCAUUUUAUGGCUAGAAGCUAGCAUGAAAACGUUAGCUAUUUAGCUCCUAGACAUCCUCUUAUCAUAACGUAUCACUUUAUGAAACAAUUUCUUUUUUUUCUUUCCGUUAACCAUUGAAAAAUGUAAAAUUCACUCCAGUUGGAUGUAAUAAUAAAGGUUGUUGUUGUUGCACUUUUUUAUUAUCAUCAUCAUCAUUUAUUAUUUUUAUUAUUUAUUUAUUUUAUAUUUUUUUGGGGGGGUGGGGGUGGAGCUGUAGGGUCGGCAUUUAAGCUCAGUGUAUUAUACAUCUUUAUGGCAAAAGAAACCAUCCAAACUUGGUUCUUUUCAGGUGGCUCAGGGCGCACAUUCCUUUCGUCUACAAUGUGAGAUUGUUUUUCUCCAAGGACAACCAUGGAUUAAUUCCACCAGCAGUCCUGUUGCUCAGUGAUGGUGGUCAUUACGAAAAUCUCGCUAUCUUGCCACUGUUGCAGAGAAAACUAAAGAAAAUUGUUGUCGUCGACGGAGGUUAUAAGGAAGAUGAAGAGGACUACGGAAAGAGCAUUUUAGAUGCAUUGAUGCUUGCUCGUACCGAGCUGAACUGCUCAUUUUAUGUCGAAGACGGUAAAGAUCUCAUUUCAGACUUGAUGCGGACGUUUGUGAACCCUUCAAAGCGGAUAAAAUCACGUUAUUACAAGUACGUAUUCUUCACUUAAUUCUCAGGAAUGAUACUCUUUUGGCAUGGUAAAGUAGAGCGAGUCGCUCCAAUAAUCCAGUGUACAAAUUGAAAUAGGUUUCUUUUUACGUCUUGUGCUUUGAUCAGUCGAUAACGUUUUCCCCUAGGUAUUUUUUCAGACAUAAUAAAAAAAAAGAUGGUCGCAAGCCGGUGGUUUGGAAACGUUACUUUUGCAUACUUUUAAAAUACAAUUCAAUCACGAACAACUAAAAAAUGUUGAAACAUUUCGCGUACCUCUUGAUUAAGAGCACACGAUAACUUAAUUUCAUUUUUUGGAUCAGUUCAGUUCGAUCAUGUUCGCUAUGAAAUAUACUUGUUUAAAAUGGCCAUUAACAAACCAGAUUUAACUCUCAGUCUACAAAUGAUUUUAAACAGAUUUAAAGUCCACUACGAUGAAGAGAAUGAUAGUGAGCCGGAACGCGAUGGAGAAAUCAUCCUUCUGGUUCCAAGGAAACUCGAGGAUAUUCGGAGCAAAGAAAAAAAGGAGGAAUUAACUUGCUGCUGCUGCGAGUGUUGUCAUUGCAAAUCAUGUUUAUGUGCUUGUUUGUCCAAGUGCCUUUGUAAUGCGUUCCCGCAACACAGCACGGCCAACCAGUUCUUCACACCCCGGAUGUUCCAGGCUUAUCACGAGGAGGGAAGCAGGGCCUGCGAGGACGCUAAAGCUAAUGUGUUUUUGCAAACUGUUUCCUCGGUGGUUGAUGUGAGAGACAGUUCGACAGAAGAACCAAAUAGAGUUGCUUUUCAACCGCUAAGAGGCGACAGCUGUUCUGUGGAUGACACAAUUCUAUUACUCGAGAGAUCAUGACUGAAGUAAAGUUAAAUAAGCCCUAGCAAUUGCAUGAGACUUUAUAACUCUCCUACCCAUACUAUACAAAGACCCAAGUCACUCGCCGAGCAAAGACCCAGGGCGCGUGAUCAAAAUUUAGAUUUUAAGAGAUCAUUGCACAUUAAGAUGAAUAAAAAAACUCCUUUGCUAUACUGCAGAAAUACUGGACAUAAUCCCACAGAAUUGCAGUGAUGUAGAAUAAUACCAGCAGACUCAAGAAUAGGUUGUAGAAAUUGGACUUUUGCGUUUGCGCCAGUAUCACAUCAUGACCUGUUUGUACAAUCUUAGCUUAACGUCGAAAAAACUGCCAUUUAAGGUGGCUGAACACAGUUUUGCGGGCAGUCAGCGGUAAGUCGCGUGACGGCGCGUGUUUUAAAUUAAACAAACAAACAUGGCGGCGAAAAAAGCAAUGGUGUAGAGAAGACGAUUUCUCAAAAUCUACUCAUUAAAAUUUUGUGAUGUUUGGCAGAAUUUUUACUUUUAUCGCAUUUUAAAUAAUGAGAACUUUAAAAUGGAAGUUAAACAGACGAAUUUUAUGACACAUUUAAUAAUUACAGAACAAUUAUAUUAUUGAUUACCUAAAAUGGUAAUGAUUAAUUAUAGUAAGCUGUCUGCAAGUUUAUAAGAAAAUCUAAUAAGCGAAUUUUAUGUAAACUGAGCGAAAGUGAAAUUUUAAGGUUGUAUUCAAUCAUUCAUGUUGCCAAGGAAACAACCGUCGGCAAACGUCACAUUUUACCUGUCAAUAAAAUCUUUCAUCAGUAUAUUUUUCACUUGCCAAGUUUCAGCUUGUGAGCUGCAACCUUUCUCUUCCCAUGAUUUGGCAAAUGACAUAUACUCAAAAACUGCCAAAACUGUGUUCAGCCAUCUUAAACUGUUAUUCGCAGACUCUUUCUGUUUCGACCAAAUCAAACGUAAAACAGGAUUCCCAAAACUCCAAGACCAUUUUCUCGGAGGUGAUAGCGCAGUGAGUUCAAAAGGUUAUUAAUGAUUUUUUUUUGCAGUAAGAGUUUAGUUCUGGAUAUUUUACAGCCUAAAAAAGACAUCGAAGUCUUCUUUCUCAUUAAUCAUUUAUUAUAUCCAAAUUGCUGUCGUGAAAACUUGAAGCCACUUACCUCUCUCACUGAAGCUUUUUCACCUGAUCAAUUUUUUUAAACCACCUUUUAUAUUGGCUGGCUCUCCAGCCGUUUGAGUGGUCUGGUUUCAAUCCUUCUCCAAAGAAUAACGCAGGCGGACAAGAGGGCUUGUUAUCUAGCAUCUAGUGAUGAUUCUUAAAUUUAACCGCCCGUGAGGUUACUUUUGCAAGCCUCAAGUUAGAAUCAUUUAGUUGUUUUGUCCUCGCCUCAGCCGAGAGCUUUCAUACUAGCUCAUGUAUUACAAACAUAAUAUAUUGAUUGAAUAAACUGGUC